AUGCCUACUUCUUCGAGAACUCGGGGUGCCUCGUCUAGACCUCCGACUGUGUGCUAUAAGUGUAUUCAACCCGGGCACAUCUGUACUCAGUGUCUGCAACUUCUCAAGGCGUGUUAUAAUUGCGGUAAGAUAGACCAUCUUGCUUGGAGUUGCCCCCAAGGGGCAGGAGCACGUAGUGAGUCGGGUUUGGUGCAACAACCGGGGGUAGGGCGUAGUGUUGGUCAGCAGUCUUUUAGAGGUACUCAAAGGCAACAGCAGCCUCAUUUCUGCCAAACAUCGUCAGUUCAGAGUUCUGGGUCAACCAGGGAGCGAGUUCGUCCGCACCUUCUCAAGGUUCCGAUCAGGGAUGAGGUUUCGUGCAGGGCUCCGAAAGCAUCUGUUGUAAGGGAUACUUUUCUUCUAUUCAACUCUCUUGCUAGAGUACUAUUUGAUUCUGGAGCAUUGCAUUCAUUCAUUACUGGAUCAUUUGUGUGUGCAUUGGAGUUGGACACCGAGAAUCUUGACUCGCCGUUGAUCGUCGAGACACCAUUAGGGGGAAAGUCAUCUCUGAGUCAUUUUUAUAAAGAUUGUUAG